CGGGCGGUCCUCUGCUUAAACCCAAAGCCUAAACCCUAGCCGAGCUCAACGUACUUCCAGCAGAAGUCCAAAACCCUUUUGGCCAAGAUUUCGCGGAAGAUAUGAACUUGAACUUCGCGACCGGCAUCGGCAUGAGCCCCGCCAGGCAGGCCUCCUUUUCCGUGGGGGAAUUCGGGGACAAGCGCCUCAAGAAGCGGCGCAACGGCUGCGACUCCGUCCAGGACACGCUCGCCCGGUGGAAGGACUACUACGACAGCCAAGCUGGCGUCCCGGAAGAGGAGGGCGGAGGAGGAGGAGGAGGAGGAGGUGGCGCCGUCGUCAGGGCGGCGCGCAGGGUGCCGGCGAAGGGCUCGAAGAAAGGCUGCAUGCGAGGGAAAGGCGGGCCCGAGAACUCGGUGUGCAGCUACCGGGGCGUGAGGCAGAGGACGUGGGGCAAGUGGGUCGCCGAGAUCCGCGAACCCAUCGACAAGGGGUCCGGAGCGGGGCAGGGCAAAGCCAGCAGGCUCUGGCUCGGGACUUUCUCGACGGCGCUCGAGGCGGCUCUUGCUUACGAUGCGGCCGCGCGGGCCAUGUACGGCCCUCUGGCGCGAGUGAAUUUCCCUGGGAAUUCGGCUUCUUCGACGCCAUGUCGCAGCGAUUCGUCUGCCAGGAGUGCGUCGUCCUCAGUUGAGAAGUUCGCCACGUCGAGGGAGGCCGAUGCAGAUGCCUUUGAUCCUUCCAGAGUUUUCGUGGUUGAUAGCUCAAGUUUGCAACGUGAUGAUAUCAAGGAAAUUUUGACGACCGAGUGCGAUUUCCAGCGUGAAGCUCAAGAUCCGAACCCGACAAGAACAGAGGAAAACAGAGGAAGGGCAUCCCAAACAGUGGAAUGUAAAACAGAGAGACAUGAGGAUGGGCGUGGAUCAGUGCUCCAUAGACUAAAUCUGAGACCCGGAUCUGAAAUUUCUGCUCCUGAUAUUGAGUCCAUCGCCACUGGACAAAAUUCCCAUUCACAGGACAAAAUCAGAUGUUCACAUGACGUUCGCAAUAACUGCAAUUGUCCUGAAUCGGUGCAGAGCAACGAGGUCGUUGCCGAUGGAACUUCUAUUGAAAUUGAAACUCCAUCGUGCAUCGGAGCCGACAUGGAUGGAGAAUUGCUAACACUGAUGGAACUUGCCAACGGUAGCUGUACUGGAAUUGAAUAUAAUACAGGACUCAAUUCGAUUAUGUACCCUGUCAGGUUGGAAGUUGAUCCUGGAACUUGGUUCGAGAACCCGAAUCAUCAUAAAAUGAGUGCCAUGAAUCAACAAGUGAAUGAUGAAGUAGUGAGGAGUAGGUCAUGCGACACAUUUGAUGAUAAUUUCGAAGGAAUGUGUAACGAAUUGCAUUGUCAACCCAUGAAUACGAGCCCAAAUGGUAAAUCUGACUCCCGGGCUUCGAUUCCUGAGGCUGACAUGCUCGUGCGCAUGGCAAUGUUACGGGAAACUCAAACAGAUAAUGCCACAAACUAUAGUGGCUGUCCCAGUUUUAAUUUCUCGAGAGCGGAGGCACAGAAUCUACAGUCUUCUCAAGAGAUGAUUAGCACGGGGACGUGGGACUGGAGAAGACAACCUUUUGAGCCCCUCGCGGUCCACCAGGGAUUUCGAGCACCGGCCAGUGGGCGCUGCAGGGUACAGGAGGUGAACAAGAUGAUGAGUGCGAGCUUGUAUCCGAUGGAAGAGACGGAAGGAGUUGGCCGCAGCUUUGAUUUCCUGAAGCCUGAUUAUGACUUUGGACUGUUGGAAGAGCAGAGCUUGCUCAAUUUGUGGUUCCCCGAUUAAGUUCUUCAAGUCUAGUUUUGGAAAGAAAGAAACAAUGAAAAACAAAAAUCAAUAUCAGGACAUUUUUUGUGCUAGGAAUAGGUUGAUAUUGAUAGCUACACAUUGUAUCAUAUCUUGUAUCCGCUAUUGAUGGGAGUUGUGGACUUGUUAAAUUC